UCGACACAGAGGGCGGAAGCAGGGUUCCCCGGGGCGAGGCACAGGCUGGGCGAAGCAGCAGCCGCCGCCGGGCUAGCAUGUCGUACUGCUGGGGAGCCGGCUCCUGCGGGCAGCUGGGGCUGGGCGAGGCGGCAGCCGGCGGGCCGGUGCGGUGCCGGCGGGGGCCGGGGGCCGGCGGCGGCCGGACGCUGCUGGAAGCGGCUUGCGGGGAGCGCCACACGCUCCUGCUGCGGCCCGACGGCACCGUCUGCUCCUGCGGGGGCAACGCCCGGGGGCAGCUGGGCAGGAGGCUCCGCCCGGGGCAGCGACCCCCGGCUCGCAGCUACACGCCGGAACAAAUUCAAGCUUUAGAAGCACAGAUUAUUGUUCAUGUGAGCUGUGGAAAAGAACACUCUCUGGCUGUUUGCAACAAAGGAAAGGUCUUCUCCUGGGGAGCUGGGUCUGAAGGCCAGCUGGGCACUGGAGAAUUUAAGAAACAAAGUUUAAUCCCGAAGAAAAUAGAUGGCCUUUCUGCUCUCAGAAUAAUACAAGUCACCUGUGGGCACUAUCACUCGGUUGCACUGGCACAAGAUGGCAGAGUCUUUUCAUGGGGACAGAACACCCAUGGCCAGCUGGGCCUGGGUAAAGAAACCCCCUCCCAGCCUAGCCCACAGCAUGUCACAUCUCUCAACGGGAUCCCCUUGGCUCAGGUUGCUGCCGGCGGGGGACACACCUUUGCGCUGUCUCUCUCAGGAGUUGUGUAUGGGUGGGGAAGGAACAACGCACGGCAGCUGGGAUUAAACCACGCUAAUACAAGAGAGCAAGUCUUCAAACCGUAUGCAGUAGCUGCUCUGAAGACUAUUGGCGUGGUCUAUAUCAGCUGUGGAGAUGAGCACACUGCAGUGCUCACUCAGGAUGGCAGUGUGUUCACAUUUGGAGAUGACAGUGCUGGACAGCUGGGACAUCGCUCUUCAACCCAGAUGCCUGGUCCUCAAAAGGUCGAAUGGAUAGAUGGUCCAGUUUCCCACUUGGCAUGUGGAAGCUAUCACACCCUGGUCUAUAUGUCUACUUCUAGGCAGAUUAUAUCUUUUGGACGUGGUCCCCAAAGACACAUUGAAAAUGGUACAGCCAGUAACCCAGGAGAGCAGAUACAGAACUUUGACAUCAGCAGCCUGGUUUCAGCUAACGAUCUGUCGGGCGUCCAAGUGAAAAUGAUUUUUGCUGGAACGUAUGUCAACUUCGUCAGUACUCUUCAGUCCCAGGAUCUUGAGCAUGCACAUGGGCUCUCUUCCACAGAUACCCUGCCAAAGAUUAGCAGGCUUGACAGGACAUUGAUAGAUAAAUGGUUGGCAGUGACAACUGGCACCGAUGAAUUCCAGGAGGCUAAAAGGGAAAUAGCCCUGAUAUUUUCUUCUUCUGCUUGUUUAAGUGCAAGUUUUUUAAAACCCAGCUCUGCUUUGGAAGCAAAUUGUAUUGGUGUUGAUCUACAAAAGGCGAGGGACGUAUUUGAUGAGCUAACCAAAAAGGAGUGGAUUGUUAACCAGAUAAAUUGCUAUCUGUUGGCUGAUCUGAUUCCUGGUCUUCCACUGCGUUCUCCUCAUCAUGAGGCUUUAUCUAUUUUCCUACUCCUGCCAGAAUGCUCUGUGAUGUACAAAGAACCGAACUCGGAGCCUUUUGUCAUGCGACUUGCGCAGGCCAUUAAUACCAUGAGUGACCGUUCCUCAAACAUUCUGGAAGAAUGCUGGUCAUCCUUGUCAGCAUCCUUUUUGGACAAAGUGGUACAGAUGUUUAAAAAGGCUGUAGUAUCUCAGCUGCCAUAUUACGCCUUUCCCCGUUACCAGGACACCAAACCUCUCCUAGAAGUGCUUGAAAAGCUGUACAGGGCAAACAGGAAAGCUAACUACACGCUACAGUUAAGCAAUUUUUACAUAGAUGAAAUCUCCGGAACAUUUAUUCUUUCAAACGAUGUAUGGAGGUGGCGCUCAUGGCAAGUUACAGCUAAUUCGUGUCAUGAAGACCACGUUCCCGUCAUAUUCUGCCGUUUCCCUUUUAUCUUUAACUUGGUUUCCAAGAUUCAAGUGUUCCACCUUGAUUCAUUUUUCAUGCAAGAGAGUGCGAAGGCAGAAGCCCAGUGCAUACUGACGCAGAAUGAAUGGCUGAGAAAGAGUGAGCUUCCUGCAUUGCCUGUUUUUCCUCUGCUAGUUAAACGCAGCAACCUGGUUGAAGAUACUUUACGUAAACUAAGUCUGGUGGAGGACAGUGUCCUGAAAAAGCAGUUGUUGGUGCAAUUUGAAGGGGAGUUGAUGGGCCUGGAUGCAGGCGGAGUGACGUUAGAAUUCUUCCUGUAUGUAUUUGAAGAGAUGGUGAAUCCACAAUAUGGGAUGUUCGUGUAUUGUGACCCUGCAUCCCCAAUGUGGUUUCCUACCAGCUCUUCAGUAGAGAAGAAAAAGUAUUUCCUUUUUGGGAUCCUGUGUGGGCUCUCCCUGUUCAACAGGAUCAUUGCUUUCAUCCCUUUCCCACUCGCUAUUUUUAAGAAACUUCUGGAUAAGAAGCCUUCGCUCGAAGACUUGAAAGAGCUGAGUCCUGUGGUAGGGAAGAGUUUGCAGGCAGUUCUAGAUUAUGAGUGGGAUGAUAUUGAAGAGAAUCUUCAGAUACAUUAUUGUGUGUCGUGGGACAACAAGGAAGUAGACCUGAUUCCAGAUGGCAGUUCCAUAGCUGUGAACAACAAAAACAAGAAGGACUUUGUCAAAAAGUAUGUGGAUUACGUCUUCAACAAAUCUGUGGAGGUGGUUUAUGAGGAGUUCAAGAGGGGAUUUUAUAAAGUCCUGGACAGAGAGAUACUUAGAUUCUUCCAGCCUCAAGAACUGAUGGAGGUGGCAAUUGGAAAUGCUAAUUAUGACUGGAACAAAUUUGAACAGAAUGCAGUCUACUGGGGAAUGUACACUCCAUCACACCCCACCAUCAAAAUGUUCUGGAAGGUUUUCCAUGAGCUCACAGUGGCAGAUAAGAAGGGCUUUCUCUUGUUUCUCACAGGAAGUGACCGGAUCCCUGUAAUGGGAAUGGACUGUAUAAAGAUAAAGUUCAAUGCACAUGUGUCUAUGUCUGAAGAUCACAUCCCUGAAGCACAGACCUGCUUUCACAUCCUGAUCCUCCCACAGUAUUCUACAAUAGAAAAACUCCGGGAGAAACUUCUUCUAGCGAUCAAUAACAAUCGGGGGUUUGGAAAAAAUUGAGUCACAAAUAUGCACAACAUGAAUCAGAAACAGAAAUGCUCCCUAAUCUCUUUAUUCUGGAUUUCUUUCUCACCAAAAUUCCCAUUGGCAUCAGGCCCGAUAAUUUACACGCCACUUACAAAAAUGGGUUGGUUUGUUUUUGUUUUGUUUUAAGUCUUCAGCUUCAGUUCCCAAACACCCUUGUUCCCGAGUGUCAGAAUUAUUUAGGGUCUCACUUAUGUGAAGAAACUGAUUAAACCCAAAUCAUAUCUAUGUAAGUUUAAUGGUUUGACUAAGCCUUGGCAAAGCAGAGAAAUGUAGAGCCUAACCUAAAAUAGGGUUUAUAACCAAAACUAUGGCACGCUCUAAUACUAAUCCAAAACUGCAGUGCUAUAGGAUGAGAAUUUAACUGCCCUAUAUUGAAAGCAUCUAACCACCAAACUAUAUUAAAUUACUGCUAUAUCACUUAAAUCUCAAAUUAAAAAAACACUCUAACCAUUCAGAGUAUACAUUUUUGUAUUAGAAACUCCAUAAAAUAUUGUCUUGAAGUUUAUGGGAAGAAUAGAGACUAGUUGUUUAUGUUAUGAUCAAGUAUUAUUAACCCUGCAUUGUAUUAAAAGACAACUUAAAAUAAAAAUAUAAAAUAUCAGUGUCCAAGGAAUUAUUUUUUUAGUUUUCAACCUAAUACAAGAUUAUAGCCUGUUUACUGCACGCAGCAGAUCAAACAGUGAGUUCCAGUUUCUAACCUUAACUUCCGUAGUUUGUCAAAUUUCACUGGCUUCAUGACAACUCUGCCACUUAUUGAAGCAAUUUUGACCUACUUUUUUUUGGUAGCGUCUUAAGGAGGUAAAAUUCUCUGGCCUCAUUUUGAUGUUAGCAACUUGCAAACACUAUUCAAUACAAUGUAGUAAGAGUGAAAUUGCAUGUGAAUAAUUCUGACCUACUUGGUAGUUGGGUGAGCAGGGUAAAAAGAAUGUUAAUGAAGAAAAUACAUUUGAUGGGAUAAAGUCCUAUAAUAUUUUUGCAUAUAAUGGUGUUUCUACUGUAUUUAGAUAAAGACAAUGUAAACUUUUAGGUCCACGUUAUAUCACUGAUGUUUAAAUAGAACUCCCCAUUGAAAUCAAUGAGAUCUACUUAGAAAGAAAUUGCAUUACAUGGCCUUUUUGUUCUUAGUAUUUAGCAGCCCAGAACUCUGAUUUCCUUGAUCCGACUGCUAGUUGCAUGUAGUUUGCUAAUGAAAGUAAUGUCAAAUAAAAUUGUAACCCGCUUUUAUUUC